AUGAUGCCACUGAUUGAGAACGAAAAUAGGGGAAUGUCGUUCCUAAGUAAGAACGUAAAGGGGGAACGACGUCCCCCUAUUGACAUUCUCAAUGAGUGGAAGCAUUCACUCUGUCAUGUAGAGCACGAUCUACUACCGUCGACGUAUUUGCUCCGUCCUCGUGUUCAGCUGCUACAUCGUCAACUUCAACCGAUUUCUAGAAGUACCAAGCAUCGUCCUCCUCGUCCUGAACCUAAAAAAACUUUGCUGCAAAAUAUGAAUAAGAAGAUUAUAGAUUGUUCCGUCCACUCUCACUCAGUCUUAGACUUAGUCGCUACUUGUCACUGCAGAUGA